AUGGAUCUCCGGGCCGAUCCCAGCCUCCGCUUCCGCGGUGGCGCCUCUGCCGACAUGUAUGGGUACAAUCCCAACUUCAUCCGUCUUUCGCGACAACCUCCCCCGUCCAGAGGCCGCUCCCGUUCCCGCCCCCGACCGCAGGAACAACAACAGCAAGCCAGACUCAGCCCCAACAGCGCUCCGCCCAGCAGCGAGUACAAGGCAGCGCCCGGCGAUGCGGCUCACGACAAGCGCGCCGAAAGCCUCGUCAUCGAGGAGAGAUUCCUCCGUCCUGCGCCGGACGGUAUCGUCGGCACCGGCGGAGGAUCGUCAUGGUGGCUCAGCUGGCUUGGAUGGGGGAGCCGGCGCCGACUAGAGGAGCUGACGAGCGUCGGGUGGCGGCCAGUCAGGCUGCGGUUCGAUGUGCGCUGGUCUGACGGGGAACUGGAGACGGACUGGUACGAGGUCCUGUACAAGCACUUGUAUACCAAGGUUGGGAAGUUUGCGAAAGAGUACUUUGGAUACGGGGACCUGCCGGUGUCAGAGGUGACUGAUGAGGAGGAGGGGCCUGACAACAAUGCGGUUGGGUGGGAUGCGCUGCUGAUAAAGGGGGCGUUGCGCCAUGGGAAAGCCUUGGAGAUGGUUGUGUUUGAUGACUUGCUUUUUGGGGCGGACGAGGUGCAGAAGAAUAUGCUGGUGGCGCAGGAUGAGUGUACUCUGAACUUUGAAGGCUACCAUCGCACCGAGCUGCGCUCCGAGUGCGUCCGCGCCAUCCUCGCCGAACACACCCUGACACCCGACUUCUGGUCCCGCGUCGACCAGGUUUCGCUGCAGUUCGCAACGCUGCUUUUGCCCCUGAUUCAUCUCAUGGACAAGCACUUUCCGGCCAGCCAAGCCAAAGCACUGCGCUCCAUAUACCAAGAUCUGCACACCAUUGUUGCCGAAGCAUGA